UCCCUUCCCAUUGCAUGAAUUCUCUAUUUCCAUUCCAACCGGUUUGGCUUUUCGGCUCCAGAGAACUCAUCUUCUCAUUUCAGUCACCCUUGAGAGACAGACAGCACUUGGCUUGAAACAUGGAGAUAUGAAUGCUGUGGUGUUGCACUAUGAUGUCAGUCACCAUACGCAGAGAGAAGAUUGAAUCUCGUAGGAGAUCAGCAGCACUUAAACUGAUCCUUUUACCAAUAUGUGGUGUUUUUAUGGGAUAUUUUGUUGGUUCUUCGUUUCAUACAGUUUUGACAUUGAAGGUGGAGUUGCCUAGGCAUGUGCAGAGUGCAUGGAAUGAAAAAUAUUCAGAGAAGGUUAAUCCACUGUUCUUUUGUGAACAGCUUUUUGUUAACUCAAAACGAGAUCCAUUGUUUACUUCAGAAACCAAGUAUGCUAAUCUGGGUUCUAAACCAAAACAAAGCAUUAAGAUAUAUGUACCAACAAAUCCGCAUGGAGCUGAGUCCUUGCCUCCUGGAAUUAUUGAAUCUCUAUCAGAUUUGUAUCUCCAUGGAUUGAGAGGAAAUCCAAGAGAGCAUUUGGUAGCUAAACCAAAGUAUCUGCUGGUUUUAACUGUCGGAUAUCUUCAGAAGGCUAUGGUUGAUGAUAUUAUCUCAAAGUUUUCGGAGAACUUUUCAUUUGUUCUAUUUCACUAUGAUGGGAGGGCAAGUGAGUGGGAACAGUUUGAGUGGUCUCAACGAGCGAUUCAUGUCAGUGCAAGGAGACAAACAAAGUGGUGGUAUGCCAAGCGAUUUCUCCAUCCAGAUAUCAUAGCCCCAUAUGAAUACAUAUUUAUCUGGGAUGAAGAUCUUGGAGUAGAGAAUUUUAAUGCAGAAGAGUAUAUUAAACUUGCAAAGAAGCAUGGGCUAGAGAUAUCACAACCAGGAAUAGAGUCAAAGCAUUUCUUGCAAUGGUCGAUGACAAGGAGGAGGGAUGAUGUAGAAGUUCACAAGGAGACUGAAGAAAAGCCUGGUUGGUGUCAUGACCCGCACUUACCACCCUGCGCAGGGUUCGUCGAGAUAAUGGCUCCAGUUUUUUCACGAGAGUCAUGGCGUUGUGUCUGGCACAUGAUUCAGAAUGAUUUGGUACAUGGUUGGGGUUUAGAUCUCGCCCUGCAAAGAUGUGUGAAGCCAGCCCAUGAAAAGAUAGGUGUUGUGGAUGCUCAAUGGAUAGAACACAAGGGUGUGCCUUCUCUUGGAGACCAGGGUAAAGCUAUCGAUGGAAAGGCCCCAUGGAAAGGGGUUCGGUCAAGGUGCUUUGCUGAAUGGAAAGAAUUUGAGAGUAGAAUGAGGAAAGCUGAAAGGGAGCACCUCAAUCUGAGCAUGCAUUGAGUGGAUGACUUGGUUUGAAUUUUAAG